AUGGCGGCCGGGUCGUCCUCCUGCUCUCCGAUCCUCCUGCUCCUACUCUUCCUCGCCUCGGCCGGCGCCGACACAGGCGAGGCUUCGUUGUCGACGUCGGCGCCGGCGCCGGCCCCUGCCCCGGCGCAGGAUCAGGACCACCACGCUCCUCGCCGUGGGCGCCGCCGCGCUCUGCUUCUACGCUACGGCGGCGCGGCGGCGGCGGACACCGUGGCUGACUCGUGCGACGCGAUCCGCGACUUCGUGGACGUGGCCUUCUGCGCGUCGCGGCUGGGGUCCGUGCCGGGCGCGGCCUCCGCGGACCGGCACGGCCACCUCCUGAUGGCGGCGGACGUGGCGGCCGCGAGCGGGACGCGCUGGAGGCGUGCGGCAUCCUGUACGGGGGCGAGGCGUGCGGCAUCCUGGGCGAGGGCGAGGCCGCGCGGGACGCUUUGGAGGCGUGCGGCAUCCUCUCAUGCGGCGGCUUGGGGUGCCGCGCGCGCGCUGCUGCCGCUCACGGGCCAGGCCGGGAUCGGGUGCGACGCCGCGCUCGCGGGCUCCGCGCCGGCCAAGGCCCGGAUGGCCGCCGCCAACCGUGAGUUCGACCAGCUCUCCACCAUGGCCACCGCGCUCCUCAACGAGCUCACCUAG